UGAAAAAAGAACAGGAAAGGUAAUAUUCGGACAAGGCGACGAAUUUGAACCAAUGAGCUGUCGUCGUGUCUAUCUCGAGUAGAGAGGGAGGGGAGAAAAAAGCCAUUUACAAAAAGUGUUUGGUCUUUCUCUUUCUCUAUCUCCCAUUUUUGAAUUUUAGGUUGUGAUUCUCGUUCCUCGUCUUUUUUUUCUCUUCCCUGCAUCCUUUCCCUUCCUCUUCAAAGCAAAUUCUUUAUGCUGAAAACAAUCCGAUAACAACCAACGGGGACGGGAGCUUGGAUCCGAUUUGACUUUGUUUCCGUAGAAAUUAGAAAAAGAGAGAGAGUUAGAUCGAUUACAAAAAAAAAAUGGUGUCGGACAAUGAAAAGGGAUUGGUAUUAGCUGUGGCGUCGAGCGUAUUCAUAGGUUCGAGCUUCAUUUUGAAGAAGAAAGGUCUCAAGCGUGCUGCUGCUAAUGGCACCCGAGCUGGGAUUGGAGGUUAUACCUAUUUGUUAGAGCCACUUUGGUGGGUUGGCUUGGUCACAAUGACUUUUGGAGAAAUUGCAAACUUUGUAGCUUACGUUUAUGCUCCCGCUGUGCUAGUCACUCCUCUAGGUGCACUAAGUAUAAUCAUCAGUGCUGUUUUGGCACACUUCCUGUUAAACGAGAAACUCAAGAAAAUGGGAGUUUGGGGAUGCGUUUGCUGCAUCGUAGGCUCGGUUAUGAUCGUCAUACACGCACCUCAGGAGCAGACUCCCAACUCUGUUCAAGCAAUCUGGAAACUAGCUAUGCAACCAGCUUUUCUAAUUUACGUAGCCGCGUCAAUGUCCAUUGUCCUGGCUUUGAUUCUUUACUGCGAACCUCUCUGCGGCCAAACGAACGUUCUUGUUUAUAUCGGAAUUUGUUCAUUGAUGGGCUCUCUCACAGUUAUGAGCAUAAAGGCUGUGGGGAUCGCAGUAAAGUUGACACUGGAGGGAAUAAACCAGGUUUGGUAUCCGGAGACUUGGUUCUUUGUCAUGGUUGCAGCGAUAUGUGUCGUGACACAAAUGAUAUACCUGAACAAGGCGCUGGAUACAUUCAACGCAGCAAUAGUUUCUCCAAUCUAUUAUGUGAUGUUCACAACCCUCACAAUUGUUGCUAGUGCUAUUAUGUUCAAGGACUGGUAUGGGCAAGACACAGAGAGCAUAGCAUCUGAGAUAUGUGGAUUCAUCACGGUGCUAACCGGAACAGUUAUACUGCAUGCCACUAGAGAAGAGGAACAAGCUUCUUUAAGAACAAUGAGAUGGCAGGAAUCAGGGAAGAGCUUUAACGAAGAGCAUCUCCUAAGUUUGUACCGUCCUACUGAGUAUCAGGAAAGUAAAACCCCUCUUUGUUGAAUUGAACGAGGAGGUUGGUGUCCGAAUCAGAAGAUGAUCAUCAGUCAAAUGGCAUAUCCUCAUCUUAUCUCUCUAGUGGAGGAAGAAUGUAACUUUUGUGUAUACUUUAUAGUUAUGUAAUAGAAUUUUGAGAUUUCUCUAUACAAUACUUGGAAUUUUCAGAGAAAAUUUAUCCAUCCAUAUUCUAUUUUUA